UUUGUUCCGCUUAUACAACCAGCAAGACUGGUCAGUGCAUAAUACACUAAUACCAUGUCUUUCUUUUCCCGUUGCAUAGAGGCUGCAAAAAGUCCUUUCUCAGCGCUUGGGUCCGUGCGUACCGCUACAAAGCGGGCUGGGGGUACAGUACGCAAUCACGGUGGUUCACCUGGAAAACGUCUAGGUGUCAAGAAGUUCUCAGACCAGUAUGUCAUUCCAGGCAAUAUAAUUGUCCGCCAGCGUGGUACACAGUUCCAUCCGGGUCAAAACGUGAAAAUUGGUCGCGACCAUACAAUAUAUGCAGUCACUCCGGGCUUCGUGCGCUUCUACCGCGAAAAAUGGUUGCGUGGUCACCGCAAGUUCGUCGGUGUGGUCUUGAACAGAGGAGAAACGCUACCUAGAGAUGAGCUAGCCCUGGGACGCAGUCGUCACCUCGGUCUCGUCGAUCUGAACGCUGUUGCGAAGAGCAACAAGCCAAUACAAGCAUCUGUCUAGUCUGUCGGUCUCUGUAAAACCCCCCGCAUCGACCCCGCUCUUGUUCACCGGCUAUGGGGCGGAUCCCAGGUUCCCAGCACUUGCUGGAACCACCGGACCUUGUAAAGUUGCAUUAUCUGUGCUUUCGCACAGGACAUCGAAAGAACUUUACUACGGCCUGAUGGUAGACAUCUAUAUUAUUUUUAGUUGUAAAUGGAACCACUGGGAUUACUGAGUG